CGAGGCAGGGCCACGGUUUCUUCCAUACCUUUUAACCCUAGCAGGCACGACUGGCACAGUACCACUACCGCACCGGCCUUCUCCCACCCAAAACAACCACCCCCUCGCCGUCCCAGCGCCUCCGCGUGCCCCUACGCCGACGCCUCCCUCGCCGGCCCACUCCGCCGACGGCGGCCUCCCUCCCUCACCCACCGCCCUGCUCCCGCCCCCUCGCCCCUCGCCGCCAGAUCCGUCCGUCCUCCGCGCCCUCUCCCGCUCGGGCAUCGGCAGAUCUGCGCGGGCGGCGGCCCACCCCACCCCGACGCUCCUCCCCGAGCCAUGGAUCAAGUUAUGGUGAGUCCAUCACCAAGCGCCAGCAGCGGCAGUGGCAAGAGCGUGGGUAGGGCCAAGAGCAGGAGCAGAAGCAGAAGCAAGAGCAAGAGUAGGAGCAGGAGCAGGAGCAGGAGCAAGAGCAGCACCAAGAGUAAGAGCAGGAGCAGGAGUAGGAGCAGGAGUCGCAGCCGGAGCAGGAGCCGAAGCCCUCGGCGAGAUAGGCUGCGCAGUGAACGUUCAUCCCGCCGCAGCCGUAGCCCACCUCGUCGUGGUCGUAGUCCUCCUCGUCGCAGCGAACGUCGUAGCUACAGGGAUAUUAUUUGCAAGAACUGCAGGAGACCUGGCCACAUUGCUAGGGAUUGCCCAUCUGCUUCUACCUGCAAUAAUUGUAAUCUUCCAGGGCACUUUGCAGCAGAAUGCACUUCCAAAACAGUUUGCUGGAACUGCAAGAAGUCUGGGCACAUUGCCACUGAAUGCAAGAACGAGGCCUUGUGCCACACUUGCAGCAAGACGGGGCAUAUGGCGCGCGACUGCCCCGCCUCAGGGUCCAACGCCAAGCUAUGCAACAACUGCUUUAAGCCGGGACACAGCGCGGUCGCCCCCCCCACCCCCCCCCCCUGCAACAACUGCCGCCAGCCCGGCCACAUAGCCCGCGAGUGCAAGAAUGACCCCGUCUGCAACCUCUGCAACGUGUCGGGCCACCUGGCCCGCGCCUGCCCGAAGACGACGACCCUGGCCUCGGAGAUCCAUGGUGGGCCCUUCCGCGACAUAUCGUGCCGCAUGUGCGGCCAGCCAGGCCACAUCAGCCGCAACUGCAUGGCCACCGUCAUCUGCGACACCUGCGGCGGCAGGGGCCACAUGUCAUACGAGUGCCCCUCGGCCAGGGUCUUCGACCGCGGAGUCCGCCGGUUCUGAUGGAUUCAGGGGGUGGCCCCGGCGCCUGAAGCACCCCGCCCUUGUUCCGUUCGUUGGUUGGUUCAUGUUUUAGAUAGCUUUGGCGUACGACGCCGAAACCGUUUUUCGCUUGGUCGGUGCACGCUCUUCUUGCCCCCUGGGUGUUGGUUGUUGUGGAAUGAGUGUUUAUGGUGUAGCUUUGUAACUCUGCUGAACUAGGCCGAGAAAGAGUCGUUUAUAUGAACUGCCAUGGUUAGACCAGAUUAUAUCAAUGUGACACGCUUUCGAGUUUAUCUGAGGAGCUGGUUUCGUUGCCUCGGUCUGCCUGCCUCGUGCUCUGCUGAGUUGAAAGUUUCGGAGGUUUGUUGGAUGCGUGCCGUGUUACUGGUGGGGGUUGCAGAUGUUGACUGUCCUCGGCGGUGAUGGCUUUCUUUGCUGUUUCUUCAUACAUAUUUUACAUCAGGAACAAGAAAAUUUGGCAGCCUUUGAGAUGAUACCGAGCACAUGGGGCUCAUUUUGUUCCUGCAGUUGGAACGAGGGAUUCCAGAGGAAAGUUCCUUGUAGAUGUACUCGAUUUGUAGGAAACGAGCAGAACAAUUUCCAUCGAAAUACAGUUCAUUUCCUGUGUUUUGGGCUGUCGGCAACUGCCGUACUAAAAAUCUUAUACUCCUUAUGGUGUGAAAAUUGAUCUACGCAGCUUCAUGAUUUCAAGUGUGAAUUUUUGGAAUAUGGGGGGAGAAAUUCUUGUUGUCUGGUGGUCUGAUAAAUGAUUGGACCCGAACAAGGGUUUGCAUUCACAGGCCACAAGCAAAGCACUAAAGUAAUGUAGCGUACAAAUGCUGAAUGCUUUGCCUCAUGUCCAUUGCUUUCUCUCGGCAUCAUGGUCGCCAUCAGCAUCAUAUCCUAUUUAUAUAGUAGUACACAUUUCAACUGUUUAGCAGUCAAAAGAUGUUGGUGCGGUUGGUAGAGCACAGCACAGCAAGAGAGCUAACACACGUAACAGAAAUUUCACCCGACAAAAAGACACGGUAGAGAUCAUAUCCAACAGAUAUGCAGAUAGACUGCCAUGCUGAAUUACACACCAGCCUUGUGACGAAUCCAAACAGAACAUUUAAUUAUUUAUAACCGUAACUUGGAAGAACAGUGCAGUGCAGCAGCAUAAGGCCCGGCAUAUAAAUGGGCAGA